AUGGCUCGGGGACUGGCGCGCUACAAGGUGGAUAUCGCUGCACUCAGUGAGACUCGGGUCUCCGAACAAGGCCAACUGGAGAAGGUGGGCGCCGGUUACACCUUCUUCUGGAGUGGUCGCCCCAGGGCAGAGCGACGAGACGCGGGUGUCGCCUUCGCCAUCCGGAACGACAUCGUAGGACGACUUCCCAGUCUGCCGCAGGGCAUAAACGAUCGCCUGAUGAGCCUCCGUCUGCCUCUCCGGGGUGGGGGCAAAUUCGCCACCAUCAUCAGCGCCUACGCUCCGCCGAUGAGCAGCCAUGACGCCGCAAGAGACAAAUUAUACGAGGACCUGCACGCCCUCCUGGCGACUGUGUCGAAGGCAUACAAGUUGAUUAUCCUUGGCGACUUCAACGCCCGCGUCAGCACAGACCAUACUGCCUGGAGAGGAGUGUUCGGUCCCCACGGUCUCCGCGACUCUAACGACAACGGCCUGCUGCUUCUCCGCACCUGCACAGAACUCCGCCUCAUCCUGACGAACACGUUCUUCUGUCUGCCGGAGCGAGAGAAGACCACCUGGAGGCAUCCUCGGUCGUGUCAGUGGCACCUGCUGGACUAUGUCCUCGUCCGGAGGCGAGACCAUCAGGAAGUGCUGGUGACAAAGGCGAUCCGGGGUUCCAACGGAUGCACCAACCGUCGUCUCGUCAUCUCCAAAAUUCGGAUUCGUCUAGAGCCUCACAGGAGACCCUAAGAUGAGCGACCCCCAGAUUUAUUGAAUAUUGCCUUGUUGUCUUAGCCUGCUCACCUUCUCCACUGCAACAGUGAGCUAGCUCAACGGCUACCCAGCCUACAAGUCGCUGAUGCCGCCGCCACCACUGACGAGAACGUCUCCAUGGAGAAGCGAUGUCUUCAACUGUGGGACACAGUCCAACCGAUGGUCCUGACCGUCCUCGGUUACGCACCCCGCCAACACCUAGACUGGCUCGAUGACAACGACGCCUCCAUCAGCCACCGGCUCGUCGAGGAGAACCGCCUGCACACAGCCUACGUCAACCGCUCGAUCGACGAUAACCAGGCGGUCUACUAUCGUAUUUACCGCCCUGUGCUGCAGUGGCUGCGCGGGAUGCAGGAAGCUUGGACGGCUUGCAAGGCCGGGGAGAUCUAA